GGAGGGCGGAAGGGAGGGGUGGCCGCAGGGGGAGGCUAGCCGGCUCUCUCCAGCUCCAGCUUGGCAGAAGGGUUGGAGGCGCUGGCACUCGGCUCAGCCACCUCGCCAUGGCCAUGAAGGUAGACAGUAGGCCCGGGGGGCUCCCCAGCAGUGGCUCCCACCCGGGCACCACCCGAGAGCACGUGCAGGCGGUCACCCGAAACUACAUCACCCACCCCCGCAUCACCUACAGGACCGUGUGCAGCGUCAAUGGGCCCCUGGUGGUGCUGGACCACGUCAAGUUUGCCCAGUAUGCUGAGAUCGUUAACUUCACCCUCCCCAAUGGGACUCAGAGGAGCGGGCAGGUGCUUGAGGUGUCUGGGACCAAGGCCAUUGUUCAGGUGUUUGAAGGGACUUCUGGGAUCGAUGCCCAGAAGACCACCUGCGAAUUCACAGGGGACAUCCUACGGACUCCAGUGUCAGAGGACAUGCUGGGCCGGGUCUUCAAUGGCUCGGGGAAACCCAUUGACAACGGGCCAGUGGUCAUGGCGGAGGACUUCCUGGACAUCAAUGGCCAGCCCAUCAACCCCCACGACCGCAUCUACCCAGAGGAGAUGAUUCAGACGGGCAUCUCGCCCAUUGACGUCAUGAACAGCAUCGCCCGUGGUCAGAAGAUCCCCAUCUUCUCAGCAGCUGGGCUGCCCCACAACGAGAUCGCCGCCCAGAUCUGCCGCCAGGCUGGGCUGGUGAAGAAGUCCAAGGCCGUGCUGGACUAUGAUGAUGACAACUUUGCCAUCGUCUUUGCAGCCAUGGGGGUGAAUAUGGAGACAGCCAGGUUCUUCAAGUCCGACUUCGAGGAGAACGGUACCAUGGGCAACGUCUGCCUCUUCCUGAACUUGGCCAACGACCCCACGAUCGAGCGGAUCAUCACCCCGCGCCUGGCACUGACCACGGCUGAAUUCCUCGCCUACCAGUGUGAGAAGCACGUGCUGGUCAUACUGACAGACAUGAGCUCCUACGCAGAGGCCCUGCGGGAGGUCUCAGCUGCCAGAGAGGAGGUGCCCGGGCGCAGAGGCUUCCCCGGGUACAUGUACACAGACCUGGCCACCAUCUACGAGCGGGCAGGCCGAGUGGAGGGCCGGGGCGGGUCCAUCACUCAGAUCCCCAUCCUCACCAUGCCCAAUGACGAUAUCACCCACCCCAUCCCAGACCUGACGGGCUUCAUCACAGAGGGACAGAUCUACGUGGACCGACAGCUUCAUAACAGACAGAUCUACCCCCCCAUCAACGUGCUCCCUUCUCUGUCGCGGCUGAUGAAGUCUGCCAUUGGGGAGGGCAUGACCAGAAAGGACCACGGAGAUGUCUCCAACCAGCUGUACGCCUGCUACGCCAUUGGGAAGGACGUGCAGGCCAUGAAGGCAGUGGUCGGGGAGGAGGCGCUUACUUCCGAGGACCUGCUCUACCUGGAAUUCCUGCAGAAGUUUGAGAGGAACUUCAUCAACCAGGGUCCCUAUGAGAAACGCUCGGUGUUCGAGUCUUUGGACCUGGGCUGGAAGCUGUUGCGCAUCUUCCCCAAGGAGAUGCUGAAGCGCAUCCCGCAGAGCAUGAUCGACGAAUUCUACUCCCGCGAGGGGGCGCCCCAGGACCCCGAGCCGGAGCCCGACACUGCGCUUUAGCGCGGUGGGCAUCCUGGCCCAGGAGCACAGUCCUGGGACCGCCCUUGGCGUGCGCCCUUCUCUACACGCCUUGCGCUAUUCUCGUGAUCCACACGCCUUAAUCAAUCGCUCUGUGCCCACUCUUAGCCCCCCGCCGGCUAUGGGGGGGGUGCUCCCACGCUCCUGUCCUCUCCCUGGAUUCCCUGAACUGGGAAACAGACGGUUAAGCCUGUAUUCUCUGUCAUGUUCUGAUAGGAAAAUUUGACUUUUAACCAUCCACCCCCACCCCCCAAUCAGAAUUUAUCUUAGGUGAAAACUGAAUUGGCAAAACACUGACAUUUGUUGGAGCUGAGGGUGAUGGAUACAUGAGGUCCAUUAAAUUAUUCUCUCCACCUUGAAAAAAAAAAAAAAAAGCCACAAUAGUGUCUGAGCAGCUGACAAGAGAAUUCUUCUUAGGAGGAUAUUUAUCUUUGCUUUAAAAAUAUCUUGAUACAUUUCUUGAGUGGAAUGUGAGCUCAGGGGCCACAGAAAGGACAAUCUCAAGGCCACAAAAGAGAUGUCUGACUUUAAACAGCUCUGCCUAAGAGAUGCUAGGAAGGAAUUUGGUUUGCUUCGGACAGGGAGCAGCAAGGGGAGUUGCUGGGGAGAGAGCCUGGGGAACACAGGGGCUGUGUGUGCAAGGUGGAGGGUAAAGGGCACCCUAACAAGCAGGACACCUGAUGUUCCUUUGAAAGCUGUCUGCUCUCUCUGCCCCAACUACAUUGAAGUCACCAGUGCUUCAGUGCUUCCUAAGACGCAGGGCAGGUUGGGAGAUAGAAAUUCAGCAAAAGACUGUGUUCCAUUUCUCUGUCCGUGUUGUGAAACCAGGCCAGAAUUCUUAGAUUGACAGCUGACACCAAAGGAGGUCCUGAGAAUAAAAUUUCCAUCCCUAAGACAAUUUACAGCCACUUUAGGGAAAGCUUUUUUUUUUUUCCUUUUCUUUUCUUUUUAGGGUGGAACCCAU